AUGCGUCCCCUCGCCGAUCAAAUCUCGGUGCACGAGUCGGUUCAUUCCGAGCAGAGUUGUGACACCGCACAGCAUGGCGUCAAGCGGCUCGAGGCCAUCUCCUCCACAUGGACUCGCUCCGGUCUGGCCGUGGCAUACAUCGGCAUAGCGUUACUGGCUUUUGCAACGUCGCUGGAAGUUCAAACGACGGGCAACCUUACCAUCUUCGCCACCAGUGCCUUCUCCUCCCAUUCGCUCGUGGCGACGGUGGGCGUGGUGCAAGCCGUCGUGCUUUCCGUCGCCAAACCACCCAUGUCCAAGAUUGCCGAUGUUCUGGGCCGUUUCGAAGCAUUCACCAUCUCCAUCAUUCUCUACAUCGCCGGCUACAUUCAACAAGCUGCCUCCAACAGUGUCGGGGCCUAUGCUGCCGCCCAAAUCUUCUACGCCGCCGGUUCGACGGGCCUGCAGAUCCUCAUCCAGAUCUUCGUCGCCGACACCAGUGACCUCCUCAACCGCGCCCUAUGUUCUACCCUUCCCCAACUUCCGUUCCUGUUCACAGUCUGGAUUGGUCCCGAGGUCGCCCAAACGGUCCUUCGCAACUUCACUUGGAGACUCGGAUAUGCCAUAUGGGUGCUCGUCCUUCCGGUCGCUUUCUUACCACUCGCCCUCGCCCUGGUAAUCAACCAACGGAAAGCAGCAAGGCGAGGCCUCCUUCCGCCCUCUCAAUUUGAAGGGAAGUCGGCUUGGGGUGUCGUCAAGACUAUCUGGUACGAAUUGGACCUUUUCGGCCUCCUCUUGAUCUGUGCCGCAUUCUCCCUCAUACUGAUACCCCUCACUUUGGCCGCCGAAAGUGGUUGGGACAACAGUAGCCUCAUCACUAUGCUGGCCGUCGGUGGAGUCUGUCUUAUUGCCUUUCCCUUCUGGGAACGAAGCAAAACCCUAGCACCCCGAGCAUUCUUCCCGCGCGAUCUCUUCAAGCAGAGAACCGUUGUUGUUGGACUGGCUCUUGCCUUCUUCUACUUCAUGGCAUUCUACCUCUCCAUCUAUCCCUACUUCCAAUCCUACCUGCUCGUUGUGCACAACCUUCCCGUUGCCACGGCCGGGAAAAUGGUGCAGACGUUCACCUUUUCCGCGACGGUCACAUCUCUCGUCAUCUCCUUCGCCAUCAAACGCACCAAACAUUAUAAGUCUUUCGUCGUCCUCGGUUCCAUCAUCUACCUCAUCGGUCUCGGUCUCAUGAUGGGCUACCGGACCGAAGGCUCCCCACUCGGGGUCAUCCUCGCCACCCAGAUCAUCGUCGGCAUAGGCGGCGGCAUGCUCAACGUCCCUGCCCAACUUGGCGUGCAAGCCUCCGCCACCCACCAAGAAGUCGCCUCCGCCACCGCCGUCUUCCUCACCAUCCUCGAAAUCGGGGGUGCUAUUGGCAACGCCAUCUCCGGCGCCAUCUGGACAAACAACGUGCCCCAAAAGCUGGCACUAUACCUUCCCACCGAGACGAAAUCCCAGGCCGGCGCAAUCUACGCCAACAUCACCCUCGCUGCCGACGGCUGGCCGAUGGGCAGCACCACGCGCAUGGCCAUCAAUCGUGCCUACCAAGAAACCAUGACGCAGAUCCUCUUCGUCGCGGUAUGCGUCGCCGCGCCGUGUGUGGUCCUCAGCUUGUUCAUGAAGAAUUACAAACUCGACGAAAUCGACCAGCACGUCAAAGGCUUGGUCAUUGGUGGCACGCAGGAUAUCGCCGAUCGCAGGGAGUCUGCGUCUGUUGCCGGCGGGUCGUCCAGGAUACAGUCGGAGCAUCUAUUGGGUGGGAAUGACGAUGACGACGAAGAUGAUGAUGAGCGGAGGAGCCUGAUCUCGCGAUCGAGGAAGCGUCCUUCGUAG